AGAGCAGCCAGUGCUGCCGCGAUGGCUCCACGUCCAGCUCAAGAGUAAGAGCCAUCUCCUACUCUCUCGUCCAGUCGUCCGCAUCAACAUCGCGAUGAUGUGCGAUUAUCUCUCCUCGCCGAGGAGAUGAUCGGGAAGAGCUGCAGGAAGUGAGAAGAGACACGAGCUGCUCGAUGGCCGAUAGACGCUAAUUCCUCGCAUACUUAUUUUCGAAAUUUUUUUCUCUCUCACUUUCUCUCCGGGGGCACACACUUGGCUCUCUCGCCCGCUCGCGCACGCACUUGCGAGAGCUCCGAGAGGAAAACACGGCGAUAGGAAAUCGCAUCGUCUCGAAACUACCAUCGCUGAAAGUCCCAAAGAAUGGAUAGCUCGGAGUACGAGUUGGUGAGGAACAUGACGCUGCUCUUCUUCUUCGAACGACUGAUGGAUAAGGGAGGUCCAAGGUCCCUGCACGACCUGAGCUGUCAGUUCGGUGCUAAGGGAUUCACCAAAGAAAUGAGACAGAUUGCGGGUGGUUCUCAAAGUGGCCUUAAGAAAUUCCUAGCGCAGUAUCCAGCCUUAUUCAGCAUCGAUGGAGACUAUGUUUGCGUUAAUACAUUCUCACCGGUGGUGGAGGAGGAUGACGGUACAAAAUUGUUGAAGAAGAGGGACUAUGCCCAGGAAGCAGUGGAGUAUUUCUCUCAUAAGCUGAUACAAUACGGUGUGGGAACUGAAGUACCGAUCAAGAGUCUGCUGGGUCACAGGUCUCAGGCUUCACCGGAAGUCAGACACAUUUCAGGGCAACACUUCCGUGAGUUUAAGGACUUCUUGUCAAAGUAUCCAGAUGCAUUUGUUGUUAUUGAGGACAAUGUCAUACUGAAGCAGUAUGAAGGCAUGAAAGCUGAACCAUUCAAGGAAUUGGAGCCUGAUAUUUCCAUCGACCCAGAAGUGACAGCAAGACUUUUGGACUUUUUGGAACAAUGUAUUGUACAGAAAGGUGUCAUUUUGGUAGAUCAGUUGUUCAAUUUAGUCACUGAGAAAUUCCCUGAAGGCAGUACAAUGUUCCAAACUCAACAGGAUCUUUCCACGUUUUUGAAAAUGACUCCAGAUGCUUUCCACGUGCAAAGCAAUCUCGUGACGUUGAUAGGAAAGCCGAAGCCUUUUGAGCAGAAGGAUAAAAGUUCGGAGAACGACGACGAUAAGAAUAAAAAGAAGAAGCCUAAAGAGGAGAUCGAGAAGAGUCAGAAUAAUCAUAUAUCUUUCAAUCGCCAAGUACCCGUACAGCCAAGUUCCCAACCUGAUAGCCUGACUUCCAAUAAUUCUUCUACACAGCCAAAUUCGUUGACUUCUAACAGCGUUGAAGUCAACAACUCGGUCUCUCCCACUGUCAGCAUUCAGCAACAGACUUUGAAACAACGAAUCAAUAGUUUACUAAUGAAGACUCUGGCUGAAAAUACAGAAAGAGAUAGGUCUUUACAAAAUGCUGUGAUAGGUGAAGCUCUAAAGUCUAAAGUCUCACAGCAAACUAAGGUUAUUGUUAGUGUGAGAGAUUGUUUGCAAAUAGUAGAUGAAAUUAUAUAUCCCAGAAAAUCAGCUGCUGAUGGAAAAUCGGUCGUCUCAUUUGACUGCGAAGGAAUUAAUGUUGGACCCAAAGGCAGACUGACGCUUUUACAAAUUGGUACUAUGUCCGGACUGAUCUACAUCUUUGACCUGAUCACGUGCCCAAAUAUUUUACAAGCAGGCGGACUGCAAAAGCUUCUAGAGAGUGAAAACGUUAUCAAAGUGAUUCACGACUGCAAGAACGACAGUGCUAAUUUAUUCCAUCAAUUUGGAAUUACUCUAGUAAACAUAUUUGAUACACAGGCUGCCCAUAGUGUCAUAGAAUACCAAAAUACUGGAAAACCAGUAUACAAAGUGAAAAAUGCCAAUUUAAAUACUCUCUGCGAUUUGUACGGCGCACCCUCGAAUGUUUUAAAAGAGCAACUAAAAAACAUUUACAGGAGAGAUCAACGUUAUUGGGCUCGAAGGCCGCUGACUCGAGAUAUGAUAGUAUACGCUAGCAGUGACGUCCAAAGUCUUGUACCCUUAAUUUAUAAUGCUAUGUCUAAGCUGAUAAAACCAGAGAUGCAGAAACUCUUUAACGAAUUGUGCGAAGAGCAGAUACUGAUGCACAUCAAUCCUAACGAAGUUAAAGUACGCAAGAAGCAACGAAAAAUCGAAACCGAAGUGGCGGACUUGCGCAGAAAAAUGGACGAGACCAUCGGAAAGAACAUCGUGCUCAGUAACAGAGAAAUUCGACUUUUGCGAUAUCUAGAGCUUACCAAGGAAGAGAAAGAGAAAUUGAAAGGCAGCUACAAAGUAGCUAAAAAGCUCGAAAAAUUGGAGAGCAUGGGUCAGGAAAAGAACGACAGCAGCGACGAGGACGACGAGGAUGAUAAAAACGACGAUACCGAGUACCCGAGUUUGGACAGCUAUACAUCGGAAAAUUCUCACUCUGUGUCACCGAGAAAUUUGGAACCACCCAGUUUGACGGAAUCCAUGCAGAUGGUCGAUGAAAUUCUGUCGGACGGACAGAUGGACGGCUUCGAGAAGAUCGAACGAAUAGAGGCUAUUUUAUCGGCAGUGACAGGAACCUCGAACGAGACAGAGACCUCCGAAAGUACUAGGUCGUCGCCGACCAAGUGCUCGUGCAUGUGCCAAGGCAAUAAAAACGUAUUUCAGAACGAGAAUAAGAUACAGCGCAAAGAGGCCGCUUGCCAGACUCUCAGCACCGGGGACAUAGUUAUUACUAGGAUAUUCUUCACCGAAGAGGAGGAAGAACGCGAAAGACUGCUCAAUACACCGAAGAAGCAAGCAGCGUAGGGUUGUACAUAUAGUUUGCAAUUUUUUUUAUUCCCAGAGUCGAAUCAAUUGCAUAAGUCGAUGCCUUAUAGUAGGGUUCUAGUAUUUGGUUUCCAUAGAUUCAAUUACGUGCGUGAGAUGAAAAAUGUUUUGUGUCUCGAGUAUAAUAAUCCUGUAAUACGACAUUUUUCUGAACCAAUAAACGGGAUCUAUGAAACGUGAGAAUGUUUAUAUAUAUAUAUAUAUACAUAUAUAUAUGUAUGUAUAUAUUCUUAAAUAUAUUAGGGAAGAGAAAUUAAUUUCGAUCAAACGGAAUGCAAUUAUGGAUGCAUUGAUAAACACUAACCGAUUUUUAUGAAUUCUAACAGGAAGUGGUAUUCAAAUUAAAUAAUAACUUCCUGCGACGUAAAGAAAGAUGAAAUUUUUCAUCACGAUAAUAGAAUAUAGGAUUUAGGUUGUUGGACUGAUUCUUCGAACGGAAUUACGAAACGUAGACGCAAUGGCAAUCAAGUACCAAACUUGAUAAUGCCAAAAUUUUAUGUUAUAUUUUAUAAAGUUGUUAUUGAUUUCUGUUAUCAAAGCAGUCGAGAGGACAUUAUCUGUGUAGUUUUUAAGCAAAAUCGACGAAACUAACGAACUAAAAAUUAUCGAGCGAAUAGGAGUCACGCGUGAUAUUUGAGUAGGCAAUAUGAUUUUCAGUUUCAACGACUUCCAACGUGCUGUCACUUUAAAUUGUCUGUUUUUCGGAAUGGGCGACGUAUUCGCUGCAGAAAUUUUUUCUUGCAUUUCAUUAACGCGAACUUUUGUGCGAUUUAUAGAUCAAUUGCUUUUCGCGCGUCUAUUUACCCAUUGAAUGAUUGAGAAACGUAAUACGAAACGGACUCUUCCAGCAGCUUUUACGUUCCUAGUUGAAUGUGUAUGCGAGACGCAUCUGUGCCUAUUUUAUCCUUAUAAGCAAGAAAAAGGUUGUAAGUCUUUUGCUAAAAUUACAAUCUUUUUCUCUAUUGUAAUUAAUAUCAACUGACGUUGAAAAAAAAACUUGGUGCUUGGGCUUUAUAAAACUGAAAAUCUAUUUAAAUUUAUACAAUUGAAUUGUUCAGAUUUUUGCUUAGUUUUAACUCUUGUUGAACGAAAUAAUUUUAUUUAUAAAAUUUACAAUUCAAGCUGCCAGAUUUAUUGAUAGUUUUGCGAAAAAAAUCGUUCUUUGCGAUGAGUAUAAAUUUCAGCCAUAUAAAAAUAGAAUUAUGCAUGCUGAUUUAUUUUCUUGUACAGAUUUACUCUUUAGUAAAUUCUAUGUGCGAUAAAAUUGUUCAAGGUCUUUUCUUGAAAUUUACUUUUCUUAUGUAAGAGUUCUUCGGGAUUGCAGGUUUACUUCAAAUAAUUUUUUAUACAAAUGAUGUCAUAUCCGUGUAAUGUUUAAUAUGCAUGGCUCGAACGAAAGAGAACCCCGAAAUUUGACCGAUUAUAUGUAUUAAAAGCAAGGCAUUUUUUUGCUGUUUUUCAGUUUUAUCAUUGAUAAUCAUGCCACAAGAUACCCAGCAUGAUUGGAGGUAUAGCAAUAAUAAUACUGUAUAUAAGUAUAGGAAUAUCAUUAAAAGUAUACAUUUAUAAAAUGAUGAUUGGUAUAGAAGAAACGCAAUUUGUAAUUUAAUAUUAAAAACCUUGCUUUAUAUCAAACCUGCGCAUACAGUAAUAUAGAAGUAUUUACACAUAAUGUUACAUACAUAAUGUAUUAAUUUAUACACUGAAAAA